CAGUGCUUUCUUCUAUGAACUUGUUGGGCACCGCCUUCACUAAGAUCGUCCAGCACUUCGUACACAUUCCAGCCGACUGGGCAUACCCCCCCCUCCCUCUCGUCCCCACCAUGCCAUGCUGCGAGGACUGCCGUGCGACGGGUGCUCAGCCUUGCCAGGGCGACCUAUUCCUGUGCCAGGAGUGUGCUGACAAGCGCUUUCCUCCUACCAACAAGGAAACAUCCGCUUCUCGUGAGUCAAACGAUGUCAUAAUCAACGACAUGUUAUGCUUUGUUGUGAAUAAGAUGGAUGUACUCCCAACUGAUGUAAUAACCAAACUGUGCAUUGAAACAUACUCUGACGACGAGGUUGAGGCUGCUAAGAAGCUGGUCUUUGACUUGUGUAAACCAAACGAACGUUACAAGAAGAGUCGAGGCACCAACAGAUCAGCUACUACCAUGGCGGACAUUCUUCGCGUCCUUCACUCAAUGGACCCUCCUUCGAUACCAACUUUUGUGUCUGCCACAUUGCAUCUCCCACCCGUCAGCUUUGAGCAUGUUGACAUUACUGCCUACUUGCAACAACUACAAGUUAUGCGGCAAGAGAUGAGGGAUAUCCGUGAUAUGUCUAUCGACUCAGCUAUGAUACACGCCGAACUCGCGUCCCUUAGACGAGAAAUAGUCGAUUUGAGGUCCCGUGCAGAUCCAGCGCCAGCAGCUAAGAAGGCUACAUAUGCUGAAGCGGCUUCUGAUCCGGUGAAGAGUGUGCCUCAAGUUUCGAGGGUUCCUUCGCAUGCUGAACCCAGACGUGUUGAAGUUCAUGAUGGCGAAGCCACUGUACCGAAAUCUCUGCAUGUUGACGUACGUCACAAGCCGGUACAAAAGGAGCCCAUACGACACUCCCCACGUUCAUCUCGUCGGGGCUCUGAGUCGGGAGGUCCCAGUGAGCCUGGGUCUGAUGGCUUCCGCCUGUGUCAGAAGAGAAAACCAAGACCCAAGGCUGUGGUGGGUACUGCAAGGACGACUAAACUGUCUGCGGUUGGGGUGAGACCUCCUGAGGUCUUCGUGACGCGGCUGGAGCCCGAGACCCAGCCCGAGGACAUUGAACAGUACCUGAACAGCACGUUAUCCCAGAAAUGCAUGAUCUCCUGUAAGAGGCUACAGACAAAGUAUGAUUCGUACGCGUCUUUUCGUGUCUCAGUGGAGAGUGUCGUCUUGCCCGAAGUGCUGGCCCCGUCUACCUGGCCUUGUGGGGUGCUGGUGAGGCGCUAUCAUGACACUCGACAUUCUGGUCCCCCCAGAUCUUAGAUUUAUGGCUAGAAUUACCAACCAGAGUUCUUUGACUGUUACGUCUUUUAACUGUAGAUCUGUGAAGAACUCUGUUCGGACAGUAACGGACCUGUGCAAUAUGUCUGACAUUGUUUUGCUGCAAGAACACUGGCUUCUUCCAACGGACUUGUCCUACCUCAAUAGUAUUAGCAAUGACUUUAUGGCCUGUGGAAAGUCACCUAUCAAUCUAGAAGCUGGCAUCCUGCAAGGUCGCCCUUUUGGUGGUGUCGGUAUCUUAUGGAGAAAAACACUGUCUCCCAUAAUCUCUCCUGUUGAGAUUGAGGACGACAGUAUGGUCGCCAUUGAGGUAGACACAGGUGAGAACCAGUUAAUAGUUGUUUGUGUUUACAUGCCAUAUGAUUCGCACGCCAAUACGGAUGUUUUUCUGGAAAAACUUGGUAAAAUUGAUUCUGUUAUUAAUGAUUGUAAUAUGUAUGCCUCUAUAAUACUAGGAGACUUUAAUGCCUCACCUACGAAUAGAUUUGGUACAUUGGUACGUGACUUUUGUGAUGAAUCAGAACUGCAUAUCUCUGAUAUGGAAUAUCUUCCUAAUGACACUUUCACAUAUGUAAGUGAUGUUCAUGGCACUACUUCCUGGCUUGAUCACUGCUUGGCCAGCGAUACUGCCCAUAAGAACAUCACCAAUAUAGAGGUUUUAUACGACAAUGUUAUUUCAGACCAUUUGCCGUUGAGUGUUACCCUAAAUGUUGAUUUUCCUAUCCUCACAAACAUGCCGAGUGUGUCCAAUACUCAGAAAGUUGUCGAUUGGGCCAAUGCUAGCCAAGGUCAACUAGAUGCAUAUAAGUCCACACUUGAUAGUAGUCUGUUAUGUAUUGAUGUGCCUGUGGAUGCUCUUAUUUGCAGAGACCCUAAUUGUAUUGAUCCGUCACAUAGAAAUGCCAUUGACUGCCUUUCCCGCCAGUUGAUUACGUGUAUGAAAGAUUCUGCAAGUACUUCGGUUUCCUCAAAACACAGCUGCAGGAAUUUUAAACCUGUUCCGGGUUGGAAUGAUGUUGUUAAAGAUUUGCAUUCUGCUGCCCGAGAGGCGUACAUUCUCUGGCGGGAAAUGGGUCGUCCUCGGUCUGGCCCUAUAUUCCACCUCAUGUCUAAGUCUAGGGCCAGAUUCAAACAUGCCUUUAGACAAUGUAAACAACAAGAGAAUAGGGCUAGAGCUGACUCCACUGCCAAAAGUUUUAAUUCUGGAAACUACCGGGACUUCUGGAGCAAAAUAAGAAGUUCCAAAUCAUGUCAUACUGUAUUACCCAAUACCAUUGAUGGUUCUUCCGGUGCGGAGAAUAUUGCUAACCUUUGGAAAGCACAUUUUGAGUCCCUGUUAAACUCCGUUGAUAACCAGACUCACAAGUCCGAUGUGUUGUCUGCUUUGUCACCUGCAUUGUUGUUUGAUGACGGUAUGCAAAUCUCCGCACGGGAACUCGCUGACAUCAUCAAGGACUUGCCCAAUGGCAAGGCUUGUGGGUCUGAUGGUAUCAGUAAUGAGCAUUUGAAGAAUGCUGGCCCAAGUCUUUGUGUACAUCUGUCAUUGUUGUUCACCUCUGCCAUUGUUCAUAAUUUCAUUCCUGAUAAUUUGUUAGCCACGAUUAUUGUUCCUAUAGUGAAGAACAAGUCUGGCAAUAUCUCCAGUACUGAUAAUUAUAGACCAAUCGCGAUCACUUCGGCUCUAUCCAAAGUCCUUGAGGCUCUCCUGCUGAACCGUCUGAAGCCUUUUCUUCAGACGUCAGAUUCUCAAUUUGGCUUCAAACCUAAACAUGGGACUGACAUGUGUGUUUUCACCCUAAAGCAAAUAAUUGAAUACUACAGGGGGCUAGGGUCUCCGGUGUUUGUUUGUUUUUUAGACGCCUUAAAGGCCUUUGAUCGCGUCAACCAUUUGGCGUUGUUCAGCAAAUUGAUAGACAGAAAGGUUCCGCUGUACCUAGUUCGUUUUUUAUUCUUCUGGUAUAAGAACCAACGAAUGUGUGUGAGAUGGGGGGCUAUCCUGUCUCCCUACUUCUCCGUUACAAAUGGAGUGAGGCAGGGUAGUCUCCUUUCCCCUUAUUUGUUUAACUUGUAUAUAGAUGAUUUGAGUGUAA